UGACAGUACUUCUUUGGGGUCAUGAGUUAUGUCUUCUAUUCACUUCUGUGUAACUUGACCACCUGGACACCAUCCCCACCAUCACCUAUGCCUGCAGGACCAUGGGUAGUGUCAGCAGCCUCAUCAACGGCAACAGCCUCAACAGCAAACACUGCAAGGCGUCUGACUAUAAGUUAAAAAAGGGAACAAACCACCAUAGAAAGAGUGGAGGCUGCAGCCUGGACGGGUUACUUAAGUGCGGCUUUACUCAGGACUCCUCUUCUUCCACUCAUCCCACUAAAGGCCUGUCCCACACCCGGUCGGGACGAAGUGAAGAUUUUUUUUACAUCAAGGUGAGCCACAAACCAAGGUCGGUGUACCACAAAGGAGAAGCAAUGGGAGAUCACACAAAUGAAAAGAAGAGAGAUGGUGAAUCAGAUAGGCGACUGCAACCAAAACUGCUGCUCAUGUCAGGGAAAAUGACUGAGAGGACCUCUGCUGGGAAGUCAUUGGUCCAUUCCACUGCCUUCAAGCCUGUGAUUCCCAGGAGCACGUCCUCCACAGAGCCAGGCCACAGCAGCCUGGACCACAUCCUGUGUCCUCUGGAGAAAGCAAGGAGUCCAGACAAUAGACAUAAGCAAGACACCUUCUCAGGGACUUUCUCCGACUCUGGACGUAACUCUAUGUCUAGUCUGCCCACCCACAGCACCAGCGGCAGCCUAAGUGCUUCCACAGGCCCUGUCAGUCACAGUGAUGGCAGCUCAGCUCCCGCAAACAGCCUCAGCAAGGGAGUACAACCCAAUUUCCCUCCAUGGGUCAAUGGGAAUAGCGCUAACCUUGACUGUAGCUACAGGCCUGGUUUAAACAGUGGGGGGUUGGCAUCGAAGGUGAAUGGGGAUGCUGGCUCCCCACAUUCUGCAGAUGAGCCAAGUCCUCUCUCUGAAACUUCAGGUGGGAUUCGGUCCCCUAUUACUACUGAUGAGUCACUGAUUGAACGUUUGGAACAAAGGUUGCUGGAGAGAGAGUCGGAACUGCAGGAGCUACAGGUGAGUUUUGAGGAGAAGGAAGCAGACACCUGCCAGCUGUUUGAUGAAAGACAAAAGUACUGUGCUGAGGAGAUGGAGGGGCUGAAGCAGCGAUGCUCCACAAAGCUACGGCAAGUGUCCCAAAUGGCUGCAAAAACCCAGCAAUCACUCCAGCUGCAGGUCAGGCAGCUCCAGGCAGAGAAGGAGAGGCUUCAGGAGGAUUUCUCAAAGCUAAACCGAGAGAAGGAUCUUGUUGAGCUCAGACUGAGGUCUUAUGAGACAGAGAGCACACAGCUUGCUCCAACACUAGAGGAAACUCAAUGGGAGGUGUGCCAGAAGACAGGGGAGAUCUCAUUGUUGAAGCAGCAGCUGAGAGACUGCCAGGCAGACGUCAGCCACAAGCUAAAUGAGAUCGUCAGCCUCAGGGCGUCACUGAAGGAAAACACAGCAAAGAUGGAGAUGCUCCAGACACAGAAUAAAGACCAUGAGGACAAACUCCACUCCCGCACCAUAGAUGUUGAGGUGUGCCAAAAUGAACUCCAGCGCAAGAAGAAUGAGGCUGAUUUGCUGAGAGAGAAAGUGGGCAAACUGGAGACAGACAUUCAGGGAAUGAAACAAGAUCUGGCUAUGGCCAAAGAGCAGAGGCUGCAGCACAGUUUGCAACUUGAAGACCAUGCCCAGACUCAGGCCUUGGACAGACUAAUCCAAGGCUCAGACCCCCCGGCCCUGGGCCAAGGGGAGGAGAACAGUGGACUCGUCUCCACAGAAUCACUCCAGAAGGAAGUGGAGAGACUGAAGCGGCAGCUCAGGGAGGAGAAGGAUGCACAAGAGAGGCUGGCCAACAGCUUUGAACAGGAGAAGCAAACAUGGAACAAAGAGAAAGACAGGGUCAUCAAGUACCAGAAGCAGCUCCAGAUCAACUACCUACAGAUGCACAAGAAGAACCAGGACCUGGAGAGGAUCCUGAAGGAGCUGACCGCUGAACUGGAGAGCCGUACAGAGCUUGGCAUGGACCUCAACUACAGCUCAGGGUUACAAACGUAUGACGACGUUAUUGCCACAGAGAUUUGAUAUGAGCAUUCACACACAUUCAGUAAAAGUGAACUGGGCGCUUGACUGUUUUUCACUACAGAUAUUUAUGAUGUUAUAACACCUGGAGAUCAUUCACUGCUGUUUUACGAGGGUUAUUUAAUAGAAUGUGCAUAAUAUAGUGUAAUUUGUGUCCAGGUCACAA